AGUUCGCGUUUCACAACUCUACUCGUUAACCAAAAGGAAAGCUAAAAGACUCAUCCAAAAACUCUUUUUUUGAAAGGCCAGCCAAGGUUUAUCCCUUCUAUAUCCUCCUCUGCUCUCAUUUGAAUCGCUCAAAUGGCAAUGGCUUCAGCUCUCCCCCUCAGUGGCGUCAAAUUGGCUACGACUUCUCAAGCAUAUAUGGAGACAAAGGCUGCAAACGACACCAAGGCUCUCUUAUCCGAGCUCUCCCGCCAGUUCUACACCCUUAGAUGCGUCUCCGGCACCGGCAGUAGCAUUGCGAUCAAGGUUCACGACCAUUCCAUUCCCCGGAGACAACAGCUAAUCGCUAUGUCGCUUUCUGGUGUUAAGAAGAGGAGAAUGGUACGUGAGGACACCUACAUGUUAUCUUCUGGUGGGUCAAUCUUACAUUCACCACCUCCAAAACCAUUUUCACACAAACUCCCAAACUGUUUUGAUUCUAGGCCUCUUUUUAUGAAGAUGCGCAAUGCUGGAGCUGUUAUCCACAGUCAUAGUAAGGAAUCCUAUCUUGUAACACAGAGGAACCAUCAUCAAGUACGGUCAAACUCAUGGCAUCAAAAAUUAAACAAAUUUCACACUUUAAUCAGGGUUUUCCAGGGUCAGAUUGGGAGCAUCAAAGGAAUCUCAAGCAACAUUUCUGUUAAGGCUGGGGCUCGAGGUUUAGAUAAUAAAAAUCAAUGGUUUCCACGUUGCAUAGUUCUUGAUAUUGAAGGGACUACUACUCCAAUCUCUUUCGUUACCGACGUCCUCUUUUCGUAUGCUCGUGAUAAUGUUGAAAAGCAUUUGAUUUUAACAUAUGAAACUGGAGAAACUCAAGAUGACAUCAAGUUGUUGCGUUCACAAGUUGAAGAAGACUUGGAAAAAGGAGUUGCUGGAGCUGUGCCUAUUCCUCCUGAUAAUGCUGGGAAAGAGGAAGUCAUCGCAGCAGUGGUUGCUAAUGUUGAAGGAAUGAUAAAAGCUGACCGCAAGAUAACUGCCUUGAAACAAUUGCAGGGUCACAUAUGGAGAACAGGAUUUUCAGGCAAUGAAUUGGAGGGAGUAGUUUUUGACGAUGUGCCAGAGGCUCUUGAGAGAUGGCAUGCUUCGGGCAUUAAGAUGUACAUAUACUCGAGCGGGAGCAGGUUGGCACAAAGGCUCAUAUUUGGAAAGACUAAUUAUGGUGACCUAAGAAAAUAUCUAUCAGGAUUCUUUGACACUGCUGUGGGGAACAAAAGAGAAACAAGCAGUUAUGUUGAGAUUUCAGAAUCUGUUGGAGUUGAUUCACCAUCAGAGAUAUUGUUCAUCACAGAUGUCUGUCAGGAAGCUAAAGCAGCAAAAGCAGCAGGGCUGCAGGUGGCAAUCUCAAUCCGACCAGGAAAUGGUCCACUGCCUGACAAUCACGGAUUCCAGACAAUCACUUCCUUCUCAGAAAUCUGAAAUGAGAAACUACAUUUUGUAAUUACAUCCAAAGAAUCCUGAAAAUGAUCAAUAACAUCACAGCUUGACAAUUUUAACCUGAGAGACUGUUCCAUUCAGCAAGUUUCCCCUAUUUACUCCCUCUCUCGGCGAUUGUUGGUCAAAGUUUAAACUGAAGGAAUAUUUUUUUUGUUUGUACAAGAGUAGUUCUACUUGUCUUGGUCCAAACCUAUGUAAUGUAAUAAAACUCGGUUCAAAAUGCCAAUCUUUCACUUUUGAAGUAUUGGAAGUAAAGCAAAUAACAGAUAAUGUGAUCCAUUUAGCAUCAA